AUGAUGGACCCAGACCUCAACAAUAAGAUCGAUAGACUACUCACUCUAUUGGAGGCACAGCUAGAGCUUACCAGACAGGGUCAUCGAGAGGAACGAUUACAACGAGCUCAACUGAGCAGGGAGGAGACAUUGGACCUCUCUCACUCAGAAGACCAAGCAGGAGGAGGAGAUGAGUCUAUGAUAGGAGACCCACAUACUCCUACUCCAGCUCCACGACCAAGACGAUCAGUCUCAUUCAACCUGGAUGAGCAGGAGGACAUCAACUACGAGAAGUAUGCUUCACCUACUGGGCCAAGAUAUGUCAAGACUAAGCUGGACCCCUACAGCAGGACUAGGACGGACCCUUACCCCCUGGACCACGAGGAGGAUACCAGCAUCAUGGCAGAGCUUAACUGGUCAAAGCCCAUCGCCACCCCCUUUCCAAAGUUCAAUCCCCGAGACAUGGAGAUCUUCAUUCUAGAAGCCGAAGCAUGGUUUAAGUUCAACCAGGUGUAUGAGCAGUCUAGGAUGAUCAAUCACAUGGGUGCUCAACUGGAAGGGACAGCAAGAGAGUGGUGGACCUCCAAGCUCUGUAUUGAUAGAGCUAGAGAAGGAAGGUUGUUCAAUGAUUGGCACUACUUCACAGAGCGACUGACAGAACAGUUCAACCCACGCAAUGCUAGGAUGGAGGCAUACAAUAAGCUGUUGGCUCUCAGACUCACAAGUGAUGCUCCUGGUGCCGCCACACAUCAUGUAGAGCGGUUCAGAGACUUGGAGGGACAGGUCAACCUAGAUGACAAUGAGCUAGUGAUUGAUCUCUUCAGAGGUAGUCUCACUUGUAGCAUACAGGAGAAGUUCGAGAGGAAUCCACCUGGGAAGAGAUGGGAGUGGUACCGAGAGGUUGAGGAGAUCGAUCGACAGAGGAUGCUACUACAGCAGUCCUCGGCUAGACACUCACUCCCAAACGCCACGUCACCUCCACUAAGAACUGGGUCUCAGCCAAAUCAAAGUUUGAUCCCCAUCCGACAACCCACUCAACCUUAUCCAGCUCGAUCACCAUCACAAGCAACUACACAAGCAACUAUACAAAACCUAAACCGACCCCUUCCUCAUCAUCCCACCCAACCCUCGAAGCAAGGAAGCCCUGCUCCAUCAGGUAUCAACACCUGUCAUGUAUGCAAGGGUAUCAGCCAUUGGGCCAGAGACUGCCCCAGCAGGAGGGUAGACCCUCUUAGCUCUCGACCCAUGGGACCAAAGGUUAUGGUCACCACAGCAGACCCCUUUGAGGAGGCCACCGACUCAGGAGAUGGCCACACAGGCAGUACUGAGACAGGUGACCCCGAGGCCAUGGACCUCAGCUCAUACCAAAAGCCCAUGGACCUCAACCAUGAGGAGGAGGAGCAUGAUGAUGAUGACGAUGAGGGAAACAUCAGUGGGUCUCAGAUUCUUUCAUUAGUAUCUAUUGGUACACACAAUCUGGGUGUGGUCGAAGCUUCAGUGGCCGACACUGCGGACUAUGACCUCAUCCUGGGGUUCACGGAGCUAUGGAGGCUCAAACCCACCAUACAAUGGGAUACGGGCCAGCUAGAGUUCAAGACUCAGGAGCAGGACCGACCCCCUAGGAGACCCCCUGAAGCAGCAAGAGCAGGGGACCUAACCAUGAGAGGACCAACCCUUCAUGGCGCAGACAAAGGAGUCGAGAUGGAGGUGGAGGUAGACAAGGUGGUGAUGGCUGCAGACAUACCAAAGCCAUACCAACACCUGCAAGAUGUGUUCGAUGAGGUGGAAGCAGACAAGCUGCCCCAUCAUACUGAGCAUGAUCUCCACGUCAAGUUGAUAGAAGGAGGUAAGCCACCUCAAGGGCCCCUAUACCUUAAGGGACCCAAGGAGAUGCCCGAGUUGAGGAGAUACUUGGAUGAGAACCUCGAGAAGGGGUUCAUAAGACCAUCGAAGAGCCUGGCACAAUCACCAGUGCUCUUUGUACCAAAGAAGGAUGGAGGUCUCAGACUCUGUGUGGACUACAGAGGUCUCAACGAGAUCACUGUCAAGAACAGGGCACCAUUGCCCCUCAUCGAGGAGCAGCUGUUCUUACUCAGGAAGGCAAGGAUCUAUACCAAGCUAGACCUUAGAGCAGCAUACAACCUCAUCCAGAUUGCUAAAGGAGAUGAAUGGAAGACAGCUUUUGGCACUCAGUUGGGACUCUAUGAGUACCUAGUGAUGCCCUUUGGCCUAGCUAAUGCUCCAGCUCACUUCCAGUUGUUCAUCAAUGACAUCUUCCAAGACAUCAUUGGGGUAUAUGUAGUAGUAUACCUAGAUGACUUCCUGAUCUUCAGUGACACUGAAAAGUCACAUGUGAAGCAUGUUACUGAGGUCCUCACUUGCUUAAGGAGCAACAGGCUCUUUGCUAAGCUGUCGAAGUGUGAGUUCCACACCAAGACAGUCGAGUUCCUGGGGUACAUCAUCAAGCCAACAGGCAUAGAGAUGGACCCAGAAAAGGUGCACACUGUCAAGGAGUGGCCAAUGCCAGAGUCAAUCCAUGACAUCCAAAGGUUCCUGGGUUUUGCCAACUUCUAUCAAAGGUUCAUAGCCCACUUUGCUCACAUAGCCAAGCCCUUGACAUCACUGGUAAAGCCUACAGAAUGGUUCAAGAAGUUCGAGCUACCAGAGGAGGCCCAGCAGGCCUUCCACAAGCUCAUCCAGGCAUUCACAUCUGCAGGAGUGCUCCAGCACUUCAACUACCACCUUCCAACAAGGUUGGAGACCAAUGCAAGUGACUUUGCUAUAGCAGGAGUGCUCAAGCAGGAGCAUGAAGGAUGA